AUGUCUGACUACUACUGGCAACAAUCACUCCCCACAAUUACCCAGAUGAAAUACAUUCUACAGAUCUACUAUCAAUCAGAGGAGCUAGCAGAUGGUACAAUCCAGAUAACAUGCACGAAUCUCAACAAGGAGAUAAUGGAACAUCACACCUUCAUUCCCUCCUUCUAUUACAAGGCUCUCAUCCAUACACUCUGGAGGUAUUACCUCCUCAUCAAUCUCCACGUCCAUUUCAAGAAGAACCCCAAUAAAAAGUACACUGAGUUCUGUCCACAUCUCUUGAGAAACAUUGUCCUCCUGGACAAUGUACUUGAGGCUUUAAUUCACCCAUGCAUGUUGAUUGAAAGGCAAGAUAUCGAAGGUUUCCAAUCAGCCAAUUUUGAAGAAUACCUUUGCAUGGAAUAUCUCAUUGGGCAGCACAAUCCAAACUUGGUUAACUGCUUCAGGGCACAUUGCCCCAUCAAUAUCAAGAGAAUCAAGGACAAGUUUGAAUGGAGCUGGGAUGCCCACAAGGAGCGUGUCCCCACAAGGUUUUAUGGGGAACAAUACGAUUGGGAUGUGGAAAAUAUCCCAGAUGCUGACUCAGGAGGAACUGGAGCUGGGAGCCAGGGUGGCAAUGUUCCCAUGGGAGGUGUGGAGAACUCUGAUCCACCUCCCUCAAACCAGGCAAGUAGCAUAAUCAGAGGCAGACAGGCAGCAAUGGAAAUUCAGGUGCCCCCACUGCCUCAAGUUCUGCAAAUCCUGCAGAGAAUCCAGUGGGGUUCCGUCCCAGCCUGGCAGCAUUACAAAGUUUCCCCCUGGGGUGAUCUUGUUGGAACAUGUUAA